AUGGGUCUAGUUUCGCAAGAACCCGUUCUAUUUGACCGAACCAUUGCUGAAAAUAUCGCGUACGGCAACAAGUUCCGCACAGAUAUUCCGAUGGCUGAAAUUAUUGAAGCGGCCAAGAAAUCGAACAUACAUGAGUUUAUCACCUCCUUACCGCAAGGCUACAACACACGUUUGGGCAGCAAAGGCGCUCAACUGUCUGGAGGUCAGAAGCAACGCAUUGCCAUAGCACGCGCUAUGGUACGUAAUCCAAAGAUAUUGAUACUGGAUGAGGCUACUUCUGCAUUGGAUAUGGAGAGUGAGAAGGUGGUGCAAGAAGCCCUUGACGCGGCACGCAGUGGUCGUACUUGCCUUACCAUUGCGCAUCGACUGACCACAGUGAGGGAUGCGGACCUCAUAUGUGUGCUGAAGAGAGGUGUGGUGGUGGAGAAAGGCAAUCACGAGGAAUUAAUGGCAUUGAAUGGCAUAUACGCAGAGCUGUACAUGAUGCAGCAAGUGGCUUAACCAAUGGUUCUCCUUAGAAUUAAUGUUGGCAGUAACAUGUUAUGUACAUAAAGUUAUUUAUUGCGUAAAAUAGAUAAAUACAUUGGAUUUUAACUAAACUUUUAAA